AUGCAGCAGCCGCUGCCGGCAGAAUUCGGCGGGUACCAGAGCGCCCUUGGGCAGCAUCAGCAGCAACAGCAACAGCAGCAACAGCAACAGCAACAGCAACAGCAGCAGCAACAACAACAGCAGCAGCAACAGCAGCAACAGCAGCAGCAGCAGCAGCACUACCUGGGACACAUGGCCGUGCCGGGUUCGGAGGUGCCGUACGACCCGAUCACGCCCCCUGCCAGCCGGCCGGCCGACGGCUUCUACGGCGUGCACAAGACGGGUACGCCGUACUCGGCCGUCAAGCAGGAGUACGGCGGCGUGAAACAGGAGGGCGCCACGCCCGCCGCCGCCGGCCCGCUCUGCCCCACCUACGGCGGAGACGCCAAGAAUGAGACGACCGCCGCCGGCUACUACUGCGCUCCCGGCGAGCCCGACCCGGCCGGCAUGUACGCCAUGGCUGGCCGCCAAUAUUACGGAGACUGCGGCUACGACCCGAUGGCCGCCUCGCAGCUGACGAUCGAGGCGACCGCCACGUUCCAGUACCGCGAGUGGUACCGGUACAGCGUCAACAACAACCUCGGCUGCCACGGCGGCGUGGACCCGAGCGGCUACGCGCUGCCUGGUGGGCUGGUGAACGGUGCGUACCCGCACUUCAUGGGCGGCGCCCCGCGCCGCCGCCGGCCGCGAGCCAAGCGGAAGGUGGUUAUCCACACGUGUACCCACCCGGGCUGCACUAAGACGUACAUCAAGUCCUCGCACCUGAAGGCGCACCACCGGACGCACACGGGCGAGAAGCCGUACCAGUGCACGUGGAAGGGCUGCGGCUGGAAGUUCGCGCGCUCGGACGAGCUCACGCGCCACUACCGCAAGCACACGGGCGACCGGCCGUUCCAGUGCCGGCUGUGCGAGCGGGCCUUCUCGCGCUCGGACCACUUGGCGCUGCAUAUGAAGCGACACCUGGUGGUGUAGCGCCGCAGCCGCCGAGCGACUGGGCUGGACUCGAUCCCACCCUUUCAAAUCUGUGAUCGCAGCGGCGCCGCGUCGCGACAGAGAGUGACUUCAAAUGAUCUCCCUGCAGUCGCCUGGAGAAAGUGCCAACCAUUCGACGCUUUCCGCGACUGGGAAAGCUAUGACAGUGGCAAUGAUCAUGUGUGACGUUGCAAUGCUAGAAAAGGCAAUACCAUAAACGUGUGUUGCGCAGGAGGUUAUCUCCAUAUCAAUGUAUCUGAGACACAAGAUGGUAGUCUUAGAAAUACUCCGUCGAAACCGUUGCGGGUUUUGAUCUACCUAGUUGGUUCAUUAGUGAUAUUUGCCGAUGUUUACUGUAAAUAUUACCAUUAUUUUUAUAUGGCGUGUAG